ACUGAACAAUCUUUCUUGCCAUUGUGAAGAGCAGGCCUUAUCAUCGUUUGUCACCGAGAACUCUCUCCAACUCUCUCCCCGAUCAGGCCACCGUGUGCGCGCCAGUACGACUUUUGUGAAUCCAACUCGACAAUCGAGACUUCAGACUUCUACACGCUAUCCACGUAGCAAACAAACUUUUCUGUUUGAAGCGUCGCAACUCAGCCAUGGCUGCCGCACUACAGUACUUCCCCAAGGCUUCGGGCACGAAGCCCCCGCUCAUCGCCAACGAGAACGCCUUUCUGGGCGACGUAUCGACCUCAACCGACGAGGCAGCACCCAUAACAUCCGGGUUCUACCGCCUAGAGAAGGGCACCCCGCUCGUCUAUGAGUACACGUACCACGAGAUGAAGAUCAUCAUCGAGGGCUCCUUCCAGAUCAGCGACGAGGCCGGCAACAAGGUCGACAAGGCGGUCGCCGGCGACGUCUUCUACUUCCCCAAGGGCAGCAAGAUCACGUUCACGACCGAGGACUAUGGCCUUGCCUUUUUCGUUGGGCAACGCAAGAACGGCACGGCGUGAGUAGGGGUGAAAUCGGAGGGUUUCUUUUUGUUGGAGUGGCACUGCAAGAAUCGGGUGGAGGGGAGUGAGUGGGCUUUUGGGGAGAAUUUAUGGCGAGGUCUUGAAAAGAGCCAGUUGACGUCUCUCCUUGGGUUGAAGCGGUGUAUAGCAAUAAUGCGGAGUGAGGCAUGACAAUGAUGGCAAAUGUUAUCUUUAUGCCGAGACGGCCAAAUCAUCAUGCAGAAAGUCUAGGCUUCGCUCAGCUACCGUCAUUGAGUAACGAGAAUAUUUGAGUAUAGUA